UGAAACUGAAACAACUGAAAGUGUUCCUUCGUCCUUGGGUCCUUCCAAAUCCUAACUUAUCCUACUAAACAUAACUAAUUUCCUAAGGGCUAAGUGGUUUAAUAAUUUGUGGAUAUGAAUAGGUCUACAUUAGCCUAACUUAAUCGAGGAUCAACUCAAAAAGUUAGUCCACAAUGGAAAAAUCAUUUUCAUCAUGGAGAGAGCCCAAAAGCUUGCUCGAUAUUGAUAAGGAUUUAGACAACAGUGAAAAUUCAAACUGUGAGCCAAAACAAAAUGUUUUAGUUGAAGAGUCGGCUAGUGAUAGUGAAACUGAAGUAGUAGCUUCUUCACCAAGUAACGAUUAUGUUCCUGAUUCUGAUGAAUCAUUUAAUGUUAAUGAACUAGGAAGAUCUCUUAACGAGAGAAAAAAACAGUCAGUUAUUGUACCAGAUUCAGAUGAGCAAGAUUCUUCUGAUGAAGACAACAGCAAUAAUUUCUCUUCCCUGUCUGGGUCUGGCUUGAAACAGACAAAUGGGCGAAGGAAGAAAAGUUCAUUAUUUUCUGCCAAUAAUCUGUUGGCAGAUAGAACACCAGAAAUAUCAGACGACGAAGAAUCAAGUCCAGAAAUAACUAAAUCAGCAAAACGUAAAAACAAAAAAUUUGUCAUUUCAAGUGAUGAAGAUAAUAGCUCAUUACAAGAUUCAAAUUUCAAUAUUUCCGAUGUACUUAGUGAUGAGGAUGUGAACUCCUCAACUUCUACAAUGAACAACAAAAGUCUGAUCGAUGACCACAGCAGCAACGACAGUUUUGCACCUCGUGAUAAUGACUUGUCUCUGCCAAAAAUAAAAGAUGUUUCAGCAACAUCAAGGUCAAAACUACCUAUGAUAGAUCUUACUCUUCCAAUUGAUGAUGGGGACCAAAGGAAGUCCAAUAAAAACAAUGCUAUUGACCUUUCUGGUCGAGUAAAGAGUGAUGUUGAGAACAUCUCCAACCGUAAAGGAGUUAUAACUAUUAGUUCAGACUCAGAAGAUGAUAAAAUCCCCAACUCUGAUGGUAAACUAUCAUUAGAAAAAGAGCUCAAUUUCCAUUUAACAAAACUAAACUUAUCUUACAACAAUGAUAAAAAACAACCUCAAGAGAAUAAAAAUAUAAAUAUAGACCUACCUACUGUCCCCAAGAAUUCUUCAGAAAAUGAUUACUCAUCCAGAUUGGAAAGUUUGAAGGCAGAGCAAACAAAAUUAGAAGUUCAAGUUAAAGAAGUAGUUAGGAACAUCGAAACCAUUAAGACCACAUUGAAAACUGCAAACUUAGCAGCCCUACCUGACAAGGGUGUGCGACUGCAAAUGAACCUGAAAAAAUGUGAAACCAACCUAAGAGACCUGCGCUACCAACAAGGCACACUUGCCAAUGAAAUCAUUAGAUUACAGUUAAUGCCAAAUAAAGGAGCUGUUCCUAAACCCAUCCAACAACCAUACCCUCAGCCGAAGAUAUUCAAGUUGCCUACAAGUACCACAAACAUCAAUGAAAUGGGGAAAAAAGCAUUGGAGACUCAUAGAACCCAGCAAGCUCUGACAGUAGAUGCACUCAGAGCACUUCACAAUUCAUUGAAGAACUGUCCUUCAGAAGAUAUGCUUACCUCAGAUCCACAAGGCCUGAAAGUUGAACUGAUGCCUCAUCAGCAGUACGCAUUGUCUUGGCUAAUGUGGAGAGAGAGUGAAAAACCAUCAGGGGGUAUUCUUGCUGACGACAUGGGUUUAGGCAAAACUCUUACAAUGAUAUCACUUAUAUUAAAAUCAAAUGAAGUCAAACAUGAAGAGGGCAAAUCUGAUGAAUCAGAAAAUGAGGAAAGUUCAAGCUCCAACUGGUUGUCUACACAUCGAGCUAAGUCAAUACGUGGCAAGACCCUGGUAGUGUGUCCUGCCUCUCUCCUAGGCCAGUGGGAGGGGGAGGUUCAACGCAGAGUUAAGCGUGGAGUCCUGGACACGGUGGUCCAUCAUGGCCAGAACAGGGAGAAGAGAGCCAGGAGUCUAGCCAAAACAGAUUUUGUGAUAACUACAUACAACAUAAUUAGCCGGGAUGCUGAUCAAGUAGAAAGCCCGCUGUUCCAAAUUAAAUGGGAUCGUAUAAUUUUGGACGAGGCCCAUCAGAUUAGGAAUCACAAGACCAAGACUGCUCAGGCAGUAUUCAGGCUAAAAGCACGAGCUCGAUGGGUACUUACCGGCACUCCUGUGCAGAACAAGGAACUUGAUUUGUAUGCCUUGCUGAAGUUCCUACGCUGCUCUCCAUUCGAUGAUUUAGGAGUGUGGAAAACAUGGGUAGACAAUAGAGAUGCGGCUGGAGGGCAGCGUCUCAACACCAUCAUCAAGUCCAUCAUGCUGCGGAGGACCAAGAAGGGCCUUCAGGAAGUGGGCGAACUAAAAAGUCUGCCUGAGAAAAAGCUCAAUACAGUCAUGAUUGUUAUGGACAAAGAGGAAAAGAUAAUAUACGAGAAACUCCUAUACUUUUCCAAGACUUUGUUUGCAACAUAUCUUCAUCAAAAGGCUGAAAAAGAGAAUGCUUUGCAAGGAAUUCCAUUGAAGCCUAAAAACCUACAGCACGCUCAGGACGCAUUCAAAGACCACCCGGAGCUGGCACGGCUACAGAAAAAGAUGAACCAAAUCUCUGAUGUAAAAUCUCACCACAUCCUAGUGCUACUGCUGAGGCUGCGGCAGUUUUGCUGUCAUCCAUCACUCGUCCAGACUAUGUUGGAUAAUGAAGACAUUUCUAAUGGUGGAAUAGAAGAUUCAGAUGGUCUUGAUAUUGAUCUGGUGGAACAGAUGACACGGAUGUCUAUUACUAAUCAUAACCAGCAUCAUGUGGAUGAUAAUGACACAGAUCUAACAGCCAUGGACAAAGAUAAUCCAUUGUUUGCCAAGGAUCGCUUGAGUUCUAAGAUGAGGAAAGUGGUUGAGACAAUAGAAGCCAUUUUGACCAGCAAUGACAAACUAUUGAUCGUAUCUCAGUGGGUUACACACCUUGAUUUAAUUCAUUCAGUGUUGAAAGAGAAAAGUGUCAAAUGCUUAAGACUCACCGGGCAGAUUCCUGUCAAAGAUCGGGCUGAGGUUGUAGAUAAGUUCAACAGAAAAGAUCAUGGGCCAAGAGUUCUUCUAUUGUCACUCACUGCUGGAGGGGUUGGUUUGAAUCUGAUUGGAGCAAAUCAUCUGUUGCUUCUAGACCUUCAUUGGAACCCCCAGCUUGAGAGUCAAGCGUUUGAUCGUAUCUACAGAGUUGGCCAAGAGAAAGAUGUACAGAUCUACAAGUUUGUUACAAGUGAUACGGUUGAAGAAAAUGUGUUGGGUUUGCAAAACAAGAAGCUGUCAAUCUCAGACUCUGUACUCACCGGAGCCAAGAAAGCAUCAUCCAAACUGACACUUGAUGAUCUCAAGAUGUUGUUUAAAAUCAAUUAAUUAAUAUUACAAAAGAAGAUGAUUUAAGGCUGUGACAAUAGCAUAUUACUAUGAUUCUUACUACAGUAGGGUUAACCGUUAACUUGUUUUGCCUUUCACCUUAGCACUUAAUAAAACAAGUCACCGGCUAAUUACUCCAGUGUUUGUUUAUAAUAGUUUGAUUGAUUUCAACUGCCAAAGCUUGUUGAAUAUUUCUAAUUUAAUGGCAUUUAAAUGUAAAUAUUAUUAAUUUCAAUAUACUAACCUUUUUGGCCUAGGCUACAUAUUUCUUAUAUAACUGAAUUAUUAUUAUUAUCAAUUUAAAUAUAUUAACAUUGUUUCAUAUAAAUCCUUACUCAUUUACACCUUUAAACCAUAGUUUUAGUUUAUCUACACAUACUCUACCGGUUUUACUCCAUUUAUUGCUUAAUGAAGUCUUAAGGCCUGGCCACACCGAACUCGCUACCGCGGCAGGAACAAACUUUAAAAAAUCACUCACCAUGUUAUCAAAUGGGCCAAGUCACACAGCACUACCUCGCUCCCGCGGGCGUACAGUAGUGACCGCCAUGACUGCUUGCUGAGUGAUUUU